AUGUAUGGUUUAACGUCCACCAACAGACUAUUGCUAUCUGAUGAAUGUUCUAGUAGUAGCAGUAAUAAGCUUCUACUUCCCCGAAGCUGUCUGCUUAAAGCCGUUAGUAAUCAUGAAUGCAGUAACCUGCCAAGUCUUGCCACCGAAGAGGACGAUGAAGUACACUUUGACAACAUGGACCGAAAAGAAAAAAAUAUUGUUGAAAUUAUAGCAAAAGUAAUCGAAGAAGCUUCUGACACUGACAACCACAAUGAAGUGCUUAUGGCGGGUAGACGCUACCCGUCUGUUCAAGAGUUUGCCUCAGCAAUCCCCAACCACCUCCUCCUGGGAUCUCUACUGGAGCAUCUGUGCUUUGUUUAUGAGAGUAACCCAGCACGCUCUCGAAUGCUAUUUAAAGUUAUUGGCCAGCGCUUAGCUUCGAUGAAUCUUCUCUCACCUCUGGCCAUAAGUGACGAGUUCAGCACAGUCAGACUUCAACACAACCGGGCCUUUACAGAGCUGCUACACGCUGCCAGCUCCUCACUGUAUCCACAGGAACAGCAGCAGCUGAACAUAAAUGCACACAAUCCUGCUGUAAGGCUGAAAGAAGGACUCUUUCAAGCGCAAACGUCACGUUACCUGAGCGAGUUUGAAGAAAUUGGGAGAAUUGGGAAAGGAUCAUAUGGAAAUGUUUAUAAGGUGGUGAACAAACUAGAUGGGCAGCGUUACGCUGUGAAAAAGAUUCUCAUUAAAAAAGUGUCAAAGGAUGAUUGCAUGAAGGUCCUCAGGGAAGUGAAAGUGCUGUCCAGCUUGCAGCAUGUCAAUGUCGUCGGAUAUCACACUGCAUGGAUGGAGCAUGUGCAGCCCACAUAUGCUGACUCUCUCCUGCCUGAACUGGCUUCACCUCCACAAGAAGACAUAUCUGAUGAGGACUCUGAUGACAGUAGCUCAAGUUUCUCUGUAGUUUUCCAAAGCCUUAGCCAGCCACAUGCGGAUACUCAGAAUGGCGACCCACGUGCCAAACCCCCGCUGACACAAGAGAAGGGUCAGGGUGUGUGUCCAAAAAUGAUGCGACGAAUCCCUGAGAACUAUGUACCCUGCGUGUUUCUGGGACAGAGAGGGUCCAUUCAAACGGCCAAAUGUCCCGCUGUUGGUUGGGAGACUUCGGGACAGCUUGUGGAGGAGUCCAGCAGGAACAACAUUGAGCUCAAUAACAACAACCCCUCUUGUGUUGAAAAGAAGUGUGAGCAGUACAAUAAACACAAAACAAGACCCUCUAAAGAGGUCCACCUUCACCUGAUGCUCUACAUCCAGAUGCAGUUAUGUGAACGUUCACUCAAAGACUGGAUGACCGAAAGGAAUUCCAAACCCAAAGAGGAGCAAACCCUAAGAUGUCCUUAUGGAUGUGUGAAUGCUGAGCAUACAUUCAGUCUGCUAAGAAAGAUACUUGAAGGGGUUGAGUACAUUCACUCGCGGGGAAUCAUUCACAGAGACCUUAAGCCAAGAAACAUUUUCCUCAACGGUCAUGACUGUCAUGUUCGUAUUGGGGACUUUGGUUUGGCCUGCAGUGGUCUCAUACUAGAUAGUCAUGAAAGCAACAUUUCCCACAUUGACGAUUCCCCACACACUACCGGUGUCGGCACAUUUGUUUAUGCUUCACCAGAACAACUAAAAAGCUCACAUUAUGAUUCGAAGUCGGACAUGUACAGCAUUGGGAUGCUCGCUCUUGAGCUGUUCCAGCCCUUUGGAACAGAGAUGGAGCGAGUCCGGACGCUCAGUGACCUGAGACAGGGCAAAAUACCGGAAUCCUUUAGCAACAGAUGGCCUGUCCUUGCCAAUUACAUCUUGAAGUUGACGAACAUGGAGCCCAGUAUACGGCCAACAGCCAGUGAGCUUCUGCAGAGUGAACUUUUCUGCAAUAAAGAUGUGGUAUGUGUAAUCUAUGGUUUGCAGAAAAAGGUUGAAGAACAAGAAGAAGAAAUCCUUCAUCUGAGGAAACAAAUACAGCGGCUCCAAAGCUGA